GUAUCCUCCCUACUUCAGCAGAGCGAACGAUGAUGCAAUUUUGGCGAUUGACGCCAGUACAGAUAUAUAUAUGAUGUUUGUGUUUGAAAACUUUCAUGUAGUUUCAGACGUGGAAAACUCACAUAUGGAAACAGACUCUGACAUCAGUCAAUAUCAAUUAGUGGAAGCAGUAGUGGUAUUUUACCGGCUAGGCCUCUACACAUUUUGUGGAGGGUGUGGAGGGUGACCUUUUGACCUAGAUAUGCAUGUAUGACGCAAUAGGGGAGGGAAAACCUAUGAAAUGUGUGGAGGCCCAGCCGGUAAAACAGACCUUUGACCUAGAUAUGCAUGUAUGACGCAAUAGGAGACGGAAACCAAUGGAAUGUGUGGAGGGAUUAAUAUGCAACACAAUAGGAAAGAAUGUGUGGAGGGAUUAAUAUGUGGAGGUAAAUAGGCGAUAAUGCAAUACACAUCACCGUAAGCGUGGAGGGGAUUAUGCAAGACCGAACAUGUCCACGGUUUGCAUAUCAGAUAUAAAUGAAGAACUGGUAACUACAACCGGACAGAGUUUGGCAACAACUUACGGUGAACAAAAUGUGAUAUUUGCAGUAUGUGAUGUAAGGAAUGAAGACCAAUUUAAAAAUGUGUUUCAGGUAACUAAGAACAAAUUCAAAAGGGUCGACAUCGUCAUAAACAAUGCUGGAGUAGCAGACGAGGAAAACUGGGGGAAAGUCGUUGACGUAAACUUGAAAGGAUCUAUACUUGGAACACAACUUGCUGCGGAGGCGUUAAGGAAGGACCGGGGUGGCCAUGGUGGUAUAGUGGUCAACAUGUGCUCCAUAUUUGGUGUCCAACCGUGUUCGAUACUGCCAGUUUAUUCUGCCAGUAAAUAUGGAGUGUUUGGCCUGACGAAAUCUUUUGCGGAAAUGCCGGAGAUGAAAGAAAACGGAGUGAAGUUUACCUGUCUCUGUCCCGGAGCCAUAGAUACCGAAAUGAUCACUGAUGACAUACAGCAGAUGAGGAAAAAGUUCUUCGGUGAUACGAGCCUGAUGAGUACCGAUGUGAUGACAGAAGCACUCUUCAAGCUUUUAAACGACACCGACAAUAAUGGCGAAGGCCUUAUUGUGAACCAGGUCGAUCCGGAUCAACAUAUGAAAUAUUUCAACAGCAAAUGAAACAAAUAUAUAUUAUAUUAAACCAUAUGAGGAUUCGUCUAUUCGAUUUUUUCUCAAAAAAGAAUGUUAAAAAUUGUCUUACCUGUAUUAUUUAAAAUUAGAUGUUAAAUGUAGAACUGAGAUAUUAAGAAUACAUAACUCAAACGUUUACGCAUCCCACAAAUAAUGGAAUGUAUCCUGAUGAAAAUGAAUUCGUAAAUUAACAU